CCAAAGAAGAUGAGUGGACGCCCAAAGAAGAAGAGAAUCCGGGAAGCAUCUGAAGCACCCUCAUCUGGUUCACAGCUUACAAGAAAGGGAAGGGUUAUGAAAUGUUCCAAUUGUAAAGGGGAAGGACAUAAUAAGUCUUCUUGUACUAAUAAAAACACACCUACUGAAGAAAUACCAAGAGCUAAUCCGAGAAGAAGAGGUGCAAGGCAGGGUAGAUCUACUAGAGGAGGAGGGAGGGGAAGACAACAAAGUGGUUUUGGUGUGUACUACAAUCACAACACUAGUGAAACCCUUCUUGAUCCUGGGCAGCCAAGUGAAACAGUACUGAAUGGAUGAUGAAGAUAAAGGGCAAAUGAAGGUUGCAGGAUGGAAAGUCUUCUGGUUUUUUUGCUGGAUGGGUG